AUGAUGAACAAGACUCUUGCGAUUGCAAUUAGUGCAAUUGUCUUUAUCAGGCCUGCACUAGCGGCCUAUGGCAAAGACUUUACAUCCUUCGUCAACCCUUUUCUAGGCACUGAAGGCCCAACUCCAGGAUCAGCAUACCAAGGCGGAAACGUGUUCCCGGGAGCUACACUUCCGUUUGGGGCUGUAAAAGUCGGCAUCGACACUACGCGAUGGGACACUAGAUAUCAGGCAAACGCAGGCUAUACGCCUGAAGGUAACGUCACUGCCAUCACAAUGCUACACGUCAGUGGGACAGGAGGAGCUCCUACCUAUGGUUUAAUUCCUCAGAUGCCCCUCACGUCAAUUGAGGGCGUAAAUGUGCUCGACAACUUGACCUAUAUGCAGGAACGGGUAGUCCACGAUGUUGCCGAGGUCGGGUACUAUAAGACAGAAUUGAAAAAUGGUAUCACGGCGGAGGUAAGCGCCAGCCACCACACAGGCAUCAUGAGAUACAGGUUCCCAGAGAAUGUGGGCAGGCAUAUACUUGUUGACAUCAGCCACUAUCUUCCGACAAGAGGCAAGGAAACGCAAUGGUAUAGCAACGGGCGACUGGAUCGAAGUCCAGAUAUGACUUGGUAUAGUGGCUAUGGUGUCUACAGAGAAGGUUGGGCUCUUGGUGGAGAUUUCAAGGUCUAUUUCUGUGGAAGAUUCAACGCUACCCCUUCCGAUGUCCAGCUUUUCUCAGGCAAAUACACUGAUCCAUACUGGCCGAACACAACCGAUGUCAAGCCCACUUUCACCAGGGAUGAAGAGAUAAUAGGCGGUGUUGACGGAUACCAAUACGCCGAUAGGAUUGGUGCACUAUUCACUUUUCCCUCUAACGUUUCCUCCCUCACUUCCAAAGUGGGAGUUUCAUGGAUCUCGUCCGACAAGGCAUGUCAAUUCAUCGACGAUGAGAUAGCGCACUGGGACCUCAACAAAACUGUCACUCAAGCCAAGGACAACUGGAACCAUGAGGUUCUCUCCAAGAUCGACGUCCAGUCGCAAAACCCAACCCGGCUCAAGAUGUUUUACACGGCUUUAUACCACUCAUUCCUAAUGCCCUCUGAUCGAACCGGAGAAAACCCUUAUUGGAUCUCCGAUGAGCCCUACUACGAUGACUAUUACACUCUCUGGGACACGUUCAGAUGUACUCAUGCGCUCAUAUCCCUUCUCAAUCCUCGGCGACAGAUCGAUAUUAUAAGGAGCAUGAUUGACAUCUGGCGACAUGAACGUUUUAUGCCAGAGGGCCGUAGCCAUAACCACAACGGUCGUGUUCAAGGAGGAUCCAACUCAGAUAACAUCCUUGCAGACGCUUACGUUAAGAAUCUCGAUCGCGAUAAGCUCAUAAAUUGGACGGACGGCUAUGCCGCUAUGCGAACAAAUGCCGAGCUGCAGCCAUACAACAACUUUGACUUUAACGACCCGACAGGAAGUACAAAAGAGGGAAGAAGCGCCUUGGAUGACUGGAAGAACUAUGGCUAUGUCAGCACAAACUAUGGCAGAAGCGUGAGUAAGACUGUUGAGUACUCGUUGAACGACUUUGCACUCUCACAAGUUGCCAAGGGUGAACUACCAGCGGAUACUGCGAAAUAUCUCAAUCGAUCAAGGGGAUGGCAACAUAUUUGGCGCCAAGACGUACGGUCUCAAAACUUCAGUGGCUUCCUCGCUCCCUUACAUUCGAAUGGCACUCUUCAGGAACCUUAUGAUCCACUGUCCUGUGGAGAAUGUAACUGGCAGUCAAUCUCUUAUGAAGGAACGCCAUGGGAGUACUCUUUUGGUGUUCCACACGACAUGGUCACCCUCAUCAAGCUCAUGGGUGGUCCAAAGACUUUUGAGCAAAGACUAGAUACAAGCUUCAUACCAGGGCUUGGGGCCGAAGACCAGGGUAACAAUGGCAUUGGUUCCAUGAUAUACAAUCCAGGUAACGAGCCAAGUUUCAUGACGCCGUUUCUCUACAACUAUCUACCAGGAAAGCAGUGGAAGAGUGUCAUGAGGAGCAAGUCUAUAAUAGACGAAUUUUACAACGCCGAAUCAAGUGGUAUUCCUGGAAACGACGACGCAGGCAGCCUGAGUAGCUGGCUUGUCUGGAACAUGAUUGGUUUGUACCCAGUUGUAACGCAACCAGUCUAUCUUAUUUUAGCACCUCGAUUUGAGGAUAUAUCCGUCCAAUUGGGUGGAGCGGGGAACACCCUACGCAUCACGGCUGCGGGUUUCGAUAAGGGACCCUAUGUGCAGAAGUUGAAAGUCAAUGGAAAUCCAUGGAGGAAGAGCUGGAUUAGCCACGAACUGUUGGUGAGCAAAGAUGGGAAGGAAAGUCGCCUGGAGUUCACAAUGGGAGCUCAGCCAGUAAAAUGGGACUACGGAGAACUACCACCUAGUCCAGGCACUUGA